CUCCCUGGUGACAUUUAUUAAUAUGAAUCAAGAGAAGACACAGAAAUUAGGAACUGCUGCUGUCUUUAGAGAACACAGAGUUCCCCUUAAACCAGCCCAGACCUGCCCUUUAAUUCAGCCUGCUCCUCCGCCAUGUAUCUACUGUCGGCAUAACACAACAGCGGGACCCUCAGCUUCCACAUCCUCCGUGCCCUUCUCUGUCCGCCGCGUCACCAGCGAGUCUUUCUCCCCCCCUGCCAUGCCCCGGGUCACCUCCCUGCUGCCCGCCCUGCUGUUCGUUCUCCUGCCGGGUCCGAGCCGGGGGUAUUUCCCCGAGGAGCGCUGGAGCCCCGAGUCUUCGCUCCUCGCUCCCCGGGUCGUCGUCGCGCUGGUCUGCCGCAACUCGGCGCACUCUCUGCCGCUCUUCCUCGGAGCCCUCGAGCGCCUCGACUACCCGAAGGACCGCAUUGCGCUGUGGGUGGCGACAGAUCACAACAUAGACAACACCACAGCCAUCCUGAGAGACUGGCUGGUGAAGGUGCAGAAUGACUAUCACUAUGUGGAGUGGAGACCUGACGAUGAAUCCAGUGCCUUUGAAGAUGAGGUGGGGCCUAAGCACUGGAAUAAUCUCCGUUAUGAACAUGUAAUGAAGCUCCGUCAGGCAGCGCUGGAUACUGCCCGCGAGAUCUGGGCCGACUACCUGCUGGUGGCUGACUGUGACAACCUGCUCACCAAUCCGGACACGUUAUGGAAGCUGAUUAGUGAGAACAAGACGAUCGUAGCGCCAAUGCUGGAGUCCAGAGCUGCGUAUUCUAACUUCUGGUGCGGCAUGACCUCACAGGGUUACUACAAGCGUACACCAGCCUACAUGCCUAUCCGUAAGGGAGAGCGCCGUGGCUGUUUCGCUGUACCGAUGGUCCACUCCACCUACCUCGUGGACCUACAGAAAGAGGCCUCCCGUCAGCUGGCUUUUUAUCCACCGCACCCAGAGUAUAGCUGGACCCUGGAUGAUGUCAUAGUCUUUGCCUACUCAGCUCGUGCUGCAGAGGUGCAGAUGUAUGUGUGCAACAAAGAGAUUUAUGGUUAUUUCCCAGUUCCAACGCGUUCCCAUGGUACCCUGCAGGAUGAGGCGGAGAGCUUCUUGCAUACUCAGCUUGAGGUCAUGGUGAGAAAUCCUCCAUUGGAGCCUUCCAGCUUCCUGUCUCUUCCUCCCAAGCAGCCUGACAAGAUUGGCUUUGAUGAGGUGUUUAUGAUAAAUCUGGUGCGGAGAGCUGACCGUCGUGAGCGGAUGCUGAGAAGUCUGUAUGAGCAGGAGAUCAGCUGUAAGGUUGUCGCUGCUGUGGAUGGCAAAGCUCUGAACAAGACUGAUAUAGAGUCUAUGAGGAUUAAAAUGCUGCCGGGUUACAAAGACCCUUAUCACGGUCGGCCUCUCACCAAGGGUGAACUGGGUUGUUUCCUCUCUCAUUACAACAUCUGGAGGGAGAUAGUAGAUCGUGGUCUGCAGACAUCCCUGGUCAUCGAGGACGACCUCCGCUUCGAGGUGUUCUUCAAGCGACGAAUCCAAGCGCUGCUGCAGGAGGUGAAGACACACAAGCUGGACUGGGAUCUCAUUUACAUCGGGCGAAAGCGGAUGCAGGUGGACCACCAAGAGAAGACUGUGCCAAACAUCCAUAAUCUAGUGGAGGCAGACUACUCCUACUGGACACUAGGUUAUCUGUUGUCUUUACAAGGAGCCCGGAAGCUCCUCAAGGCCGACCCUCUGACCAAGUUGCUUCCUGUUGAUGAGUUCCUUCCUGUCAUGUACAACAAACAUCCAGUGUCAGAGUACAUGGACCACUUUGAGACUCGGGACCUGCGCGCGUUUUCUGCUGAGCCACUUCUGGUGUAUCCGACCCAUUACACGGGAGACGAGGGCUACAUCAGUGACACGGAAACAUCAGUGGUGUGGGACAACGAGACCGUCAAAACCGACUGGGACCGAGCCAAGUCGAGGAAAACUCAGGAGCAGGGGGAGCUGAGCUUCGAGGCCCAGAACUCUGACGUACUGCAGUCUGAACUGGAGAACUGGAGCGCACGGGACGAGCUGUGACGAAGAAGAGGGGAAUU